UCGAAUAAAUUCAAAAGGGCUUGAAAUCGAAGCAAGGCUCGUCAGUAUUAGUCGUCUCAAGACUGAAGAUGGCAACUCCAGGUCUCUAUCGCAGAGUCCUCCCUUCUCCUCCCGCAAUCGAGUUUGCUUCUCCCGAAGGAAAGAAAAUUUUUGCUGAAGCUUUUGGACAAGGAACCAUGGAAGGCUUCUUCAAAUUAAUUUCAUACCAUCAAACGCAAUCUGAACCUGCGUACUGUGGACUGGCCACUCUUGCAGUCGUCCUUAAUGCACUUGCUAUUGACCCUGGUAGAAAAUGGAAAGGCCCUUGGAGGUGGUUUGACGAUUCCAUGUUGGAUUGUUGUGAGCCUUUGGUUAAGAUUAAAGAGGAAGGUAUUACAUUUGGAAAAGUUGCGUGCUUGGCUCAAUGCAAUGGAGCUAAAGUUGAAGCUUUUCGAGCAAAUGAAACCACAAUAGAUGAUUUUCGCAAGAAUGUAAUUUCAUGUAGUACUUCAGAGGAUUGUCAUGUGAUCGUAUCAUACCACAGAGGAGUGUUUAAACAGACUGGAACUGGUCAUUUUUCACCACUAGGAGGCUACCACGUGGAAAGAGAUAUGGUCCUCAUUCUGGAUGUUGCACGUUUCAAGUAUCCUCCUCACUGGGUCCCACUUACCCUUCUCUGGGAGGCCAUGAAUACUGUUGAUAAAGCAACUGGACAACAUAGGGGGUACAUGGUUAUUUCGAGAUCUAACAGAGCAACAUCAAUACUUUAUACAGUGAGUUGUAGACAUGAAGGUUGGAACAGUGUUGCUAAAUACUUAGCUGAAGAAGUCCCGCUCCUUGUGAAGUCAGAGGAUUUGGAUGACAUUCAGAAGCUGCUGUCUGUUAUAUUCAAGUCUCCUCCUAUUGAAUUGAGAGGCUUUAUCACAUGGAUUGCUGAAGUUCGUAGACGAGAGGAUGGAAAUCUCACCUUAAGUGAAGAAGAGAGUGGAAGGCUUGCCAUCAAGGCAGACAUAUUGGAAGAAAUUCGAGCAACUGCACUCUUCAAAUAUAUAACUAGAUGGUUGAAUUCUGAAAUUUCAUGUUGCUGUCCUUAUGCAAACCUUGGUGAUAAAGACGAAGACAUGUUACCUGCACUCGCUGCAAGUCUUUGUUGCCAAGGGGUGGAUCUUUUGAACGGUUGUGAUAGGCUAGGUUCGUCAGGUGGAAAAUGCUGCACUCAAAUAAAUGUGCAACAGUUACAUACCGAUACUGAAAAUCCAGUGGCAUUGGUUUCUGGAACUGUCAAAAGUGGCGACGGAGAACAAGGAGUUGAUGUGUUGGUCCCUCUGUGUCAAAGCGGGCCAUAUAGUUUGUGUAUUUCCAAUGAAGGACGCUGCAUUGGAUUGCACCCAUCCACUGCAGAUGUGUUAACAGUGCUUUUGUUGGCCUUGCCCUUACAUACAUGGUCAGGCAUUAAAGAAGAAAAGCUGCGGCUGGAAGUUACAGACAUUGUAACAACUGAAAACCUUCCUCCCUUGCUUCAGGAAGAGGUUUUGUUCUUGCGAGGGCAACUCAAAUUUCUCAUGACUGAUAUUGGUGCCGCGCCUUCAUCAUGAUAUUGUUGGUGUUGGGCUAUGUAUCAACUGGCAAUAAUUGCACAAGACACUGAUUUGGCUUUUUGGGCAUGCAAUCGGACAUGGGAUCAAUGAAGUGCCUCGACCUUUCAUGAGUUCCUUCCUCUCAUGAAUAACACGAAGACUGUGGUCGGAAUACGGGAAUAAUUCAUACAUUUAUGUGGAAAAGAACUCCCAGUUGGUAUUAGUUUCAUUUAAAAUGGAGCAUUUUUUGUUAGAAUCCAGUGGUGGAUUACUAGUUCUUAUCAGAGAUACCGUUUUGUAAAAGUUGACAUUAAUUCAUUGUUGUUAUAUGCUCCAUCAAUUAAUCUAAAAGUUAACACA